AUGCUACACGAGUAUCUGACUGAAAACGACUUUGUGCAAAACCCAGCUGAUCAUUGUGUUUACACAAGGGAAACAGAAAAUGAGAAAGUGAUCAUGAUAAUAUGGGUCAAUUACUUAAUUAUUGCUGCCAGUGAUGAAAAGGCACUGAAAGCUGUGAAGGAGAUGCUCACAGCCAAAUUCAAGAUGAAAGACAUGGGCAAACUGAAACAUUUUCUUGGCAUUGAUUUUUACCAGAGUGAUAACUGUGUGAGAAUGUCACAGAAGAAAUAUGUGGAGAAAAUACUUGAAAGGUUUGAUAUGCAAGAUUGUAAACCGAGGGCGACACCUUGUGAACAAAAAUUGAACUACACUGAUGAUGCAGAAAUGAUGACUGAUGUCAGAAAAUACAGAGAGGUAGUAGGUAGCCUAAUCUAUUUGACUACUUGCACAAGACCCGAUCUCAGUUUUGUAGUAAGUAAACUGUCACAGUACUUUACUGAGCUGACGGAAAAGCAAUGGGCUACUGUAAAACAUGUACUGAGAUAUCUGAGAGGCACAAUUGAGAAAGAGUUGUGUUACAAGAAAUGUGACGACGAGAAACUGGCGUUACAAGCGUACAGUGAUGCAGAUUGGGCGGCUGAUGUAACCGACAGAUGUAGUACAACCGGUUAUUGUGUAAGCCUAAACAAAAAUGGUCCUUUGAUUUCAUGGAAAAACAAAAAAUGUGACGACGAGAAACUGGCGUUACAAGCGUACAGUGAUGCAGAUUGGGCGGCUGAUGUAACCGACAGACGUAGUACAACCGGUUAUUGUGUAAGCCUAAACAAAAAUGGUCCUUUGAUUUCAUGGAAAAACAAAAAGCAGCCCACCGUUGCACUGUCAACUUGUGAGGCUGAGUAUAUGGUGUUAGCCGCAACACUACAAGUACAUCCAUUUGGUGUGGCGUAG